GAGAAGUGUCAUGUUAAAAUUGACAAGGUUAAAUGGUUGUGUGUUUCUUUUGUUAACGAGUGUUUUCCAGCAAAAUUGCUCAUAGCAUGCUCUAGUAUUAAGCUAAUUACCAAUCCACCAUUGAGCAUUGGCCUGUUCUAUUGGAGUACCUAAAUAACGUGAAAUAUUUCUUCAUGAUGUAAGAUUCUUAACAUAUGUCAGCAUGAUUGACGUCAUUCAGAUAAACAGCAUUACACGGAUUGAGCUGCUGGGAGUUCACUGAGCCUAACUGAUAUGAGAAUUAGCCCAGUAAAUACAUUGCCCAGGGUGACGCAACAGACGCUGACAGGGCAUAAAGACCUGGCAGGAAUGGGUCAGUUCAUGUGGCAGAGCUGACCUGUGACCAGGGUACCCUUUACCCUUUGCCCUUUGUAGAGUUGUGCUUAUUCUUGGGCUAGGGCUUCCCACUCCCCAGAUGUCACGGGCCAGGAGAGACGCAAUGAUGAUAGAGGCAAGUGUGUCUGAUGCAGUGAAGCAUGACAAUGUGCAGGAGUUGGAGCAGACGUUGCGUCAGACAGAGGUGGAUGAGCUUGUCUUAGUAUGUGGUAUGAUGCAUGCAGCACAAGUGGGCAGUGUUCAGUGCCUUCAAGCUCUCCUCAGGCAUGGCCUUGACCCCAACACAAAUGACCUGAUGUUUGGAGAGACAGCCUUGAUGAAAGGCUCCCGACAGGGCAACAUACAGGUCAUUGACUACCUCAUCUCUCAGAACUGUUAUGUAAAUGCCAGAGCAGAAUCCAACGGAGAAAGUGCCCUACAUGUUGCUGUGAGAAACCGUCAGAUUGGCAGCUUGGAACGUUUGAUUGCCGUUCCCAACAUCAAUUUGAACAUCAUGGAUAAACAGGGCCGCACCCCUCUGAUGGUGGCAGCAAUAUAUGCAGACCCACCUAUUAUCUCAGUACUACUGGGCGCUGGAUGUGAUCCAAACAGGUUCUCGUUUGGGGGACUGGCGGCCAUUCACCAUGCUCUGAAUCCAAGAUGGCAGACCUCAGGAUACAUCAACGCUGGAGAGAACCUCACUGCCUUGCUGAAUGCUGGGAUCUCGCCGGAUAUGUGCGAUGAGAACGGGCAAACCCCAAUCCAUUAUGCUAUAAAUGUGAACAACAUCAAAGCCGUGAAGCUCCUUAUUCAUUAUAACUGUAAUGUAAACUGGGCUGUCGGCAGGCCCAAGAUGACCCCAGUUAUGGCAUCUCUCAAACGCCUCAAUCUGCGGGUGGCCAAGAUUCUCCAAGCAGCUGGCUGUCAUUUUCAGGGAACAUUGUCAUUUUUAUCUGACGAGGCCUUCUUGAGGCCUAGUGGAGCAACCUGCAGACAGUGGCUAGAGGCCCAGCUUGCAAAACCCAUCAGUUUGAAAAGCAGCUGUCGUCAUGCAAUCCGACAGAGGUUAGGUCAUUUUCCCUGGAGGUCUGUAGAAUACUUGCCUCUUCCUAAGACCUUGAGGGAGUAUGUGCUAAUGUCUGAAGUUAGAACUUUGUGAUGAGACACUGUUUUGAAAUUUAAACUUUACUCUGUAAUGGCUCGUCAGAUGAAAUUCUAUAUUUUUGUUUAUGUUAAGUUACAAUACUAUUACCAUGUUUGCAGAUAAAAUACAUAUAUAUUUGUAUAUGUUCAUGUGUGGUGUUCUCAGCAGUGCAUACAAUCCCUAUGUGAUAUACAUUUUCGAAAGUGUUUGUCUAUCUGGGGUAGGGUGUGCAUUAUAUCCAGAUCUGUUUUUUGUGCACGCCCAUAUAGGAAACUAAAAUUUGUCAUUAUUUCACUCUGGCAAUCAGAAGGUAAUGUGCAUUGUUUUAUGUGAUGGAAGAAAAAGUAAAGUCUGCGAUUCAAAGCCUGCAGAUGAGUAUGCCUAUCAUUGUCAGGCAUAUAGUUGAAUAUAUAGAUCAGUUUGAAAUACGUGGUGUAAAUGAACAUUCAUAUUCAUUUACAUGACAUCAUAAGAUAUUUGUUGCUGUCUCACUUGGUGCUCAGCACUGAGAGAUUAAAACAGUGGAACAGGACUGGUUGAUCCGGUGUCAGGAGAAUAUGACUGGGUGAAGUGUCAUGUCUGGUGACUUGCCCUGCCACAAGACGAUAUAAUAUAUGCACACACACCUGAUGACUCCCCAACUAAAACCAUAAGCACACAAGUGUAUUUAUAGCUUUCAUGGGUCACAGUAUGUCUGGAGAUUUUUACUGUCUUUCAUUUAGAGAAAAAGAAAUCGCCUAGUGUGAAGAUGAUCUGAUGAAGAAAAUCCACUUGAUUUUUUGGAUAGGUUAUUUGAAACCAUGUCCUGAAAGUAGCUUUAUAAAGUCAUUUACAGAUACAUGUAAAAGACAAAAUUUGUCAUGUCUGUGAUCAUUAUCUACAUCUGUAAAAUCUGUAUUUAAUGGAUUUAUCUGUGAUCUCCAAAAUAUUCUUGAUGCUUUUUAUAACCUUUUGUACCCUUAAGUAUCUCAGAUAUUUUUACGACUUUCAACUAUAGUAAAUGUGAAUCUUGGUCUAUAUUUCUUUUUAAUUCCCUUAUAUUCAGGUGUAGCCAGUGUACACCAACUAACAUGAGAUGAUAAUUUUGCAGGUGAAUCCAAUGUUUGAACAUCUGUAUUUUCAUUGGCACACAUUUUCUGGGUAGGUCACCUUCUUACGGACAACUGCAAUGUGCUGAGUAUAACACCAGGGGCUGGUAACACUGGUAUGACCAUCCAGAAACUCUCUGUCACAGUAUGUCCAGACUGUGAUUUAUAGUGUGACAUACAUGAGAUAAGAAGCACUGUACAAAGUGGCUCACCAGCCCUCUACAAAGGGAAGCAAAUUUUGUGACUGAUGGACUAGCAGUGGUCUUGAAUAACAAUACCUGGCCCGAUAAUUCAUGAUCAUUCGUAUUUCUUGUGAAAUCUGUGGCAUUUGUAUUCCAGUAGU